AUGGUCUCCUCCAACGAGAAAACUGGCUCCUCUGGUAGCAACAACGGACCGCCACCGUUGCCCGUGCGCCCUACCUCACCUCCAGUCACGACUCCGGUGCUUGGCGGAUUUGGCUUUGCGUCGGCUUCGUCCAGCUCACUCAAUGUGCAUACUCCCGGAAGUGCAUCUGGUACACCGAAUGCCGGUCCCAGCAGUACCGGGAGCCUCCGCCUUUCUGCCCAGCACGAACGCCUCAUUCUCGAGCUGCUUCCGUUCAAGGAUGCUUCGCAAUUCCGUGAGUGGCUUGCGUUUCUCGAGGGUGACUGGGAGGAGUACUGCCGCGACUAUUUAGACCCUCAAUAUUUUACGGCGCUCUACGACGAGUCGGGCAAUGCCGUUGAGAUCCCUGAUAAGGCUCCCAGCGACCCCGAGCCCGACAAGGCGGCGACAGCACAGCGGGCCAAGGACGCCAUCAACAACCAGUCGGUCAUUUUUCUGGCGUACCACCCGGACAAGACGACGUGGACGCCCGAGGACCACGCCGUGCGGUUCCUGGCCACGGCCAUUGCGGACAGUCUGCUGCGUAAAGUCUGGGGCGAGCGUGACUGGCGCAAGCGGCCGCUGGAGAUUGCCAAGGCAGUGUACGAGGUGCUGAGCUAUAAGCGAGCUGGUUACGUCGGAUAUCAGCAGCAGCUGUGGGCGAUGCGGCAACAGCAGAGGCAGCAGUCGCAGCACCAGCAGCAACAACAGCCCCAGGGCCAGGCGCAGCAACAUACGUCUCAACAUCAAGAGGCGGCCACUCUGGAGCGGCUCCGUCGCCAGCACCAGCCAAUGCCAGCGCGCCGUCCUCACCCCGACGAGAUGAUGGACAACCCGCCCGACUACAAUGCGUAA